GUGGCUUUCAUUCUCGCUCUCGUGGCUCACAAAACUUCCUCCGCAGAGUCGCUCCGUGGAAGCAGCCCGGUCGACUUACUGUACAGCCCCGCUGACACCGACGUGGAACCAUGCCUCUGCGGCUGGACAUCAAGCGGAAGCUGAGCGCCCGCUCGGACCGGGUGAAGAGCGCCGACCUGCACCCCACGGAGCCCUGGAUGGUGGCGAGCCUGUACAGCGGCACCGUGGUGGUCUGGAACCACGAGACGCAGAUGAUGGUGAAGACCUUUGAGCUGUGUGACCUGCCGGUCCGAGUGGCCAGGUUUGUGGCGCGGAAACACUGGGUCGUCGCCGGAGCGGACGACAUGCAGAUCCGCGUGUUCAACUACAACACGCUGGAGCGGGUUCACAUGUUCGAGGCUCACUCCGACUACAUCCGCUGCAUUGUGGUCCAUCCCACGCAGCCCUACAUCCUCACCAGCAGCGACGACAUGUUGAUCAAGCUGUGGGACUGGGACAGGAAGUGGACGUGCAGUCAAGUGUUUGAGGGACACACUCACUACGUCAUGCAGGUGGUCAUCAACCCCAAGGACAACAACCAGUUCGCCAGCGCCUCUCUGGACCGGACCAUCAAGGUGUGGCAGCUGGGCUCCAGGACCCCAAACUUCACCCUGGAGGGCCACGAGAAGGGGGUGAACUGCGUGGACUACUACAGCGGGGGGGACAAGCCCUACCUCAUAUCGGGGGCAGACGACCGCCUGGUGAAGAUCUGGGAUUAUCAGAACAAAACGUGCGUUCAGACCCUGGAGGGUCACGCCCAGAACGUGACCUGCGUCUGCUUCCACCCGGAGCUGCCCAUCAUCCUCACGGGCUCCGAAGACGGCACUGUGCGAGUGUGGCACUCCAACACCUACCGGCUGGAGAACACGCUCAACUACGGCAUGGAGCGGGUGUGGUGCAUAAGCGGCCAGCCGGGCUCCAACAGCGUGGCUUUGGGCUACGACGAAGGCAGCAUCAUCAUCAAGCUGGGGCGCGAGGAGCCGGCCAUGUCCAUGGACGCCAGUGGGAAGGUCAUGUGGGCUCGCCACUCCGAGGUGCAGCAGGCCAACCUGAAGGCCAUGGUGGAGGCCGAGGUCCGGGACGGGGAGAGGCUGCCGCUGGGCGUCAAGGACAUGGGCAGCUGUGAGAUCUUCCCCCAGACCAUCCAACACAGCCCCAACGGGAGAUUCGUCGUGGUGUGUGGAGACGGAGAGUACAUCAUCUACACCGCCAUGGCCCUGAGGAACAAGAGCUUCGGCUCGGCCCAAGAGUUCGUCUGGGCCCAUGACUCCUCCCAGUACGCCAUACGGGAGGGCAGCAGCAUGAUCAAAGUCUUCAAGAACUUCAAAGAGAAGAAGGCUUUCAAACCGGACUUCGGGGCUGAAGGCAUCUUCGGCGGCUUCCUGCUGGGCGUGAGGUCAAACAGCGGCCUGGCCUUCUACGACUGGGAGAGCUGCGAUCUGAUCCGCCGCAUCGAGAUCCAGCCCAAACACAUCUUCUGGUCGGACUCCGGGGAGCUGGUGUGCAUCGGCACGGACGAGUCCUUCUUCGUGCUGCGCUACCUCGCGGACCGAGUGGCAGCGGCGCAGGAGUCCAAGGAGGAGACGACGGAGGACGGGAUCGAGGGCGCCUUCGAGGUGCUGGGGGAGGUCUCCGAGGUGGUGAAGACGGGGGCCUGGGUGGGCGACUGCUUCAUCUACACCAGCUCCCUCAACAGACUCAACUACUACGUGGGAGGAGAGAUCAUCACCGUCGCUCACCUGGACAGGACCAUGUAUCUGCUGGGCUACAUCCCCAAGGACGACCGCCUCUACCUGGGAGACAAGGAGCUGAACGUGGUCAGCUACGCGCUGCUGCUGUCCGUCCUCGAGUACCAGACGGCCGUCAUGAGGCGGGACUUCGGCACCGCCGACAAGGUCCUGCCCACCAUCCCCAAGGAGCAGAGGACCAGGGUGGCCAACUUCCUGGAGAAGCAGGGCUUCAGGCAGCAGGCCCUGGCCGUGUCCACCGACCCGGAGCACCAGUUCGAGCUGGCCCUGCAUCUGGGGGAGCUGGAGGUGGCGCAGCAGCUGGCCUCGGAGGCGCAGUCAGAGCACAAAUGGAAGCAGCUGGCCGAGCUCGCCACUGCAAAGUGCCAGUUCGGCUUGGCCCAGGAGUGCCUGCACCACGCUCAGGAUUAUGGGGGAUUACUGCUGUUGGCGACGGCCUCGGGCAACGCCACCAUGGUGGGAAAGUUGGCCGAGGGGGCGGAGAGGGACGGGAAGACCAACGUGGCCUUCCUCACCUACUUCCUGCAGGGAAGACUGGACAAAUGUCUGGACCUUCUCAUCGAAACCGGCCGGUUGCCAGAAGCUGCAUUCCUGGCGAGGACAUACCUGCCCAGCCACACGUCGAGAGUGGUGAAGCUGUGGAAGGACAGUCUGUCCAAGGUCAACCGCAGGGCAGCAGAUGCUCUGGCCGACCCGUCCCAGUACAGCAACCUGUUCCCGGGCCUCCAGCAGGCCCUGCAGGCUGAAGGUUACCUGAAGGAGACUCACGUCGGGGUCAGGCCUGCUGCAGAAUACCCGCUCGUCGUGCCAAACGAGGAGCGUAAUGUUCUGGAGGAAUCUGCAGGUUUUGAGUCCAAAGGAGAGAUGGCCGAGCCGAAGGGCACGGAAGAAACGACGGAGACGGCGCCCGAGGACGGCGGUUCGGAUCCCACCGCGGAGCCGGAGCGGCUUCGAUCCAGUCCGGUGGAAGACGCCCCGCCGUCGGUUGAGACGGCGGCAGAGGAAACGCCGGGCGAAACCAUGGCAACCGGGAACGGCCGGACCUCCCCGGCGCCGGAGCCGCUCAUCUCCUUCGAAAGCGAAGACGGCCCGCCGCGGGACGAGGCGUCUCCAGAGGAACAAACCACAGCGCUCCCAGUGGAGCCUGCGGGGGCUCUGCAGGCGGAGGUUGGUUCCAGCAAAGAGGGGUCCCUGGAGGAGGAGGAGGAGGGUCCAGAGGGACCUGCAGAGGACCUCGAGGCUGAGAUCAAUGAAGAGAUCCUCGAUCUGGACGAUUUUGACCUGGAAGAUAUUGACACCACAGAUGUUAACCUGGAUGACGACUUCUUGAGUGAAUAGGACAGAGGACCGCACUUUUUUUUUUUUUUUUUUCAGGGACCAAAGAACUCCAAAGGCAUU